AUGACCCCCGGAGUUUCCAGUUAUCAGUACACUGAAGGUCCUCAGUCCAUCUCCUUUUCUGGAUCAGGGUUCCUGGCCACCUACCAGUUAGGCGUCGCCCAGUGCUUCCUACAUUAUGCACCCUGGAUACUUCACUCCGCACCUAGCAUCCUUGGCUCAUCUGCUGGUUCUCUGGUAGCAGCUGCUGUGGUUUGUGAAAUGAAUUUAAUUACCAUUCGGGAUGAGAUGAUUCAUUUUGCCAAGGAAGUGAAGUCUUUUACCCUUGGACCACUGAACCCCUCAAUCAAGUUUUUUCACUGGCUGGAAUGUAUUUUAAACAAGCAUCUUCCGCCUAAUGCGCACCAACUGGCCAACCGUCGCCUUGCUGUUACCAUGACCCGUCUGACGGAUGGCGAGCAAAUUCUCAUGUCUGAUUUUGACUCCAAAGAAGAUGUAGUACAGGCACUGCUUUGUAGCUGUUUUUUGCCUGGUUACUGUGGUUUUGUACCUCCAUCAUUCAAAGGAGUAUUCUAUUUGGAUGGUGGCUUAAGCGGCAUUCAGCCUAUAGCGCCUGGAUCCUCCAGUCGCACACUGACCGUGUGCCCAUUUUCUGGAGAGAGUGACAUCUGCCCUGGCGACGCACCAUGUUGGCUGGACAUUGUAACGCAUGGUGUCACUUUAAAGGGCAAUUUGGACAACAGCUUCAGGUUCAUCAAUGCCAUUUACCCAACUUUGGAGAAUAUGGAGGAAGCCUUUCACAGUGGCUACAAAGAUGCUGUUCAUUUCCUUCAGAGUAAUGUGUUGCUGAGCAACGUGAUGACUUAUCUGAACAUGUUUGGACUCCCUGCAAGAAUCCUAUCCUACCUGCUCCUGCCCCUCAUGCUGUCUUAUUACGCUGUGCUGCAGAACAGGGACAGGCUGGAGUUGCUGUUCAAGCAGAUGCCUGAGCUUCUUCUGUUGACUUGGCACACCAUCAGAGUUUUCACCUUUUUCUUUUUCGAAGGAGCUGUCUCUACCAUCAAGAAGAAUAUAAAUGAAAACAUCAUGCCGGUCGCCCGGGCGCUGUGGCAGAAAGACCAGGUGCAGUCUGAGGCAUCACAAGGCCGGAGGCAGCCAUCGUCUUUCAACGAGUUUUCUUCACGUUCAGAGAAUGCCAGUGAAAAAUCAUCUCCGGUUUACAAGAAACCAAAACAACAGUCUUUGUGA